AUGCCAAAAGUCAAGACGAAAAAGGUCCCCGAGGACUAUGAAAAAGUCAAACCCACAAUUGAAAAACUACAAGUGAAACUCAAGGAGGCCGAGCGCAAGGCCCUCAAAACAGAAACAAAACACUCCUCCCUAUGGCCCAUACUAAAGCUCAACCACCAGAUAAGCCGCUAUGUCUACAGCAUGUACUACGAAAGAAAGCUCAUAUCCAAGGAACUCUACGACUACUUGCUUCGACAGAAAUACGUCAAUGCCGACUUGAUCGCCAAGUGGAAAAAGCAAGGCUACGAACGUUUGUGCUGCGUCAACUGUAUUAUAGCGAAAGAAAAGAACCACGGCAGCACGUGUAUAUGCCGAGUGCCACGGAACCAGCUCAAGGAAGAGCAGAGGGAAUCCGAAGGCUGCAUCACCUGCGGGUGCCAGGGAUGCGCCAGCACUGACAAGGAGUAA